CAUCUCGUCAUCUGUAGCACUUUUGCCAAGCCUUGACUCUCCAUGACAGAUGAGUAACACGACACUCCCACUCCGUCGACAGCGGUGAUGCCACCAAGAAGCGUGUUGGUCGAUUUCAGCGCUCGCGAUUUCAUUUGCAGAUCCUGUCGUCUGGGUCUUCAGAAACCGAGAGCAUUGCCACGAUGGACGGCUCGACCAGCGCCUUCCCGCGUACUUGCCCGACAGUCGUCAAAUGCGGCUAUCGCCCAGCCCAAACCACCACCGAAUACGACCAGCGCCGGCGUAGAUCCAAGCUCUGGAGACGAUGAGAGGCGCGAGCUGAUGCAGGCUUUGGGCCUACUGGACGACGAGAAGACGGUCAGGGUGAACUACUUCGAACAGGACAAAAGCGGAGGUGUACGGCGCCUCGCAUCUGCAGAAGCUUUUGGAGACUCCCUACACGGAGAUCUCACUAGUGGUGCUGGCCAGGGAAAGGUCGAAGACAUGAUUCAACAGCUCGAAGAAGCCUCUCGCCUCUUCAAGUUACUGGAGCAGGUCGGCGGCAAGGACCAGGUCGCCAAGCUGAAGAAACGUCUGGCGGAAGAUCUAGUUGAAGUCGACGAGGACGAAAGCGAAACGAGUCUAGAGCUCCCCGGUCAUAUCACAGAAACGAUUCUCAUCAAAGAAGAAGGUUGGGCGGGUCCAGAUGUUCAGAGGAUCUCGAGGCUUAAUCGCAAGCUCAAACGGGUGGCCCACCUCGUCACUCGCCGAGAAAGCGACAUUUCAGAACACCAACGGAGUGCGCUAUGGAAGGGGUACAUGAACAUUCGCAAGGCACUGGUCAGUAGGAGGAAUGCCGUGCCUCCAGCUGCAUGGGAUCUGUUGUGGCGGGCACUGGCUAGCGAGCGAGAGGACAAUCCAAACCGCAUAGCGCAUAUUGCUGUUCUCGCUCGAGAUAUGCAGAACACAGGAGCGACACUAAGCGAUGAGCAACAGCUGCUGGCUAUUGAGGCAAUGUUUAUAGACGGACACGAAAAGGAGGCCUUCGACAACCAUCGGAGGCUUGUGACGACACUCGGGGCUAGGAAGGAGACCGCUCUGGACUUUUGGCAGCUAGGUCUUCGGAUGUACUGCUUGGUUGGUGACCUGGAGCGAGCGGAACGGGCCGUGGAGAACAUCGCAGAGCUGCCUGGCUCCAAGGAUCCUCGCUUUCUCUUGCCCUUUAUCCGAGCUUGUGCGGAGAAUCCUGCAUCGGUCGAAGUCGGAUACGAUGCUUAUCGACGAAUGCGAGACAUGCUCGGCGCCGGUAUGAACAUUGAGGACUACGACCAGGUCAUCGCCUACUUCCUGGCUUCGGAUCAGACAGAUCAUGCGUUAUACAUUUUUGUUGACAUGAUGUCGUCUGGCUCCACAAACAUCAAGGACACGAGAAAGCUGCCCACGACCAUCGCCAAUCCUUUCUUCUUCGGCAAAUGGAUCAAGCGCCUGAUCGGGCUCGGAGAGGUGGAGAAUGCCCACAAAGUGUUCUUGCUGAUGAUAAACAAAGGAAUCAUACCGCGGCCAGUGCAAGUAAACGGAUUGCUGGGAGCUUGGCUGCGCUCGGAUUCCGCUCAUUUCAUGGCGCAAGCUGAUUCGGUGGCUUGGGAGAUGAUCAAUGCCCGAAUUCAGUUCGUGCAAUUGCGCAAGCAAGCUGCGAACUUCGGUUCAAAUGUCCACCUGAGUCCUUCCGGAACCGGGUGGCCGAGCGCGACUCUGGAAACAUUCUCCCUACUUGCAGACAGCUACAACCAGCGUGGUCUUCAUGCGAAGAUGGAAGACCUGUGGAAAGCAUUCCGCCAGGCUGAAAUGGCGCCGGACGCCUUCAUGAUGAACCAGCUGCUCUUCUCGUACAUCAAGGACGGGCAAGGCAGGCAGGUGGCAGAUCUUUAUCACGCCUUGACGGACGAAUACGCCAUCAAGCCUGAUCCGCUGACUUUCCGGGCAUUGUGGAUGGCGAUUCCUGCGAACCGGCUGUACACGAUCCGGAAGCGGGAGUAUCAGCAAGAAAUUCCUCACGGCCGUACCCUGUUUGCCGAAAUGGUCCAAUUCACUUCCGCUUUCGAGCAUCAGGAGUUUGACUAUCAGCUGGCUCGAAAAAUCGCACACUCUUUCCGGAAGCUCGACGACAAAGUUGGUCUUUUGCUAGCUGUUCGUGGCCUUCGACAGGUGUUCGGGUUCUACCCACCAGAGCCUCUCGUUCUGGAACUGUUGGCUGAUACGGUUGAUUUGGAAAGAAUGUCCAAGAGCCCUCGGGCGCGGAACGGCCUCCUUCGUCACACUCAGCGUAUGGAUCGCUUCCUCGAAGACAGACGUCUCGAGCUCGUGAAAGCUGGCGCUCUGGAUAGUGGUGCGCAGCUGAGUACUGAAGCAAGAAGAGAAGCGUUGAGCCGAUAUUUGGAGGGACAGCUUCAGGAGUCGUGCAACAAAUCGAACCUGUAUCCUCAAGGUGUGGAGUCGGCCGAGGCCGAGGCUGCCACGCAGAUGGGUCUUGUCGACCUUCUUUCGUCCCAGUAGACUCUGGGUACGAGCCAGCGGCCUUUGGGUUUGUGUACGAUUGAGCUUGUACAUUACUGUACUUCAUUAUAUUACGAAACUUACGAUGGACAACUUCAUGGCGUAUAACUUUAUAUAUCAGCAUCCAUAUACAGCAUGGCAGGUGGGUCUGGGACGAUAUCCAGAUACACUGCUCAAUACAGGCAUCCCGUCAAAAUACCCACA